AAGACUUUCGAGACUCCAAUUCCAGUAUACACUAUUUCACUAAAAUUUUAUUUUAAAAGUAUAUACUAGUAACUAUAUUCAUCGUAUAUACAUGUGAAGUCUUCUCAGAAUUGUUCAUACGAGUGGAGUCGAUAAAAAGCUACGAGGGUAAUCAUUAUCUAGCGUUGAAAAAUCAACGGUCUUCAUACUUAUAAUUCUGAAGUCAGUUGUAAGUUCUCUUCGGUGUAUUAUUAGGCGUGGAGAUUAAACAACUAAAAUAUGGGUACCACGACUUUCUUUGUUUGGGUUAUUAUAGUCGUCUUUGUUCGAGUUAUAUAGUCAUCUAUAUAUCAAUUAUCAUAUGGUCCCAGCAAUUAUACAUCAUUUGAGUUUAUUGGUGACAAAGUUUGGUCAAAAUCAAUUCACUUGGCUUUGAUCAGCACUCGUUAGGCAACUUCCUCGAUCCUCCUUAUUCUUCUGAAAUUGUUCUGGCUUCUCACGUUGAGUGGGCGAUGGUUGUCUUUGUUGUGUUUCUUGUGUUUUUGUUGAUUGACCCAGGAAUUUCACAGUCAAACGACCAUGAUAACAACACUAACAUUCCUCUCCAAUCGUUCUGUGGUAGUAUUGCUCCGAUACAUCCUACAAAUUUCAUCAAGAAUCGUAACUCUACCUUUGCUGAACUUAGAAUGCAAUUAAUGAAUGAAGGAGUACUUUCUGCAAGAGCACAGGAUUUAAGUGCUGGGGACACGGUCUACGCAGCAGUCCAGUGCAGGAAUUACCUAUCGAAAGAUCAGUGUGUGGCUUGUUUUGAUGCUGGCGUAUCUGUACUGGUCAAAUGCACAGCUGGCAAUGGUGCUUACACACUCUUCGAUAACUGCUUUAUCAGGUACGAAGACUUUGCUGACUUCUAUAAUAACCCAAAUGUGGUCCAGGAUGGGACUGGCACACCAUCUUCACGAUGUGGUAAUCAGUCAGCAUCACAGCCGAUUACAACUUUUGAAGGAGUUGUAGAUGACUUGCUAACGGAUAUUAGAGAUGCUACUCCAAAAGCAUCUAAUUUCUAUGUAGCAUUGACAAGGGAAAUCGCAAGUGAUAAUGCAACAGUGAAUGCGAUUGGACAGUGUGUUGGAAAUAAAAUCGCAUGUCAAAAUUGCAUGAAUGCAGCAUAUAACGAAUUAAAUAAUUGUCUUCCAAGAACAGAAGGAUGGUUUUUCGACAUGGGCUGUUUUGCAAGGUAUUCAACGACUCCAUUUUUCAAUAACAACCAGACAACAGAUAUCUCAAGUGUCUUAAAAGGGCAUUCAAGUGAGGUACCCAUAAUUGCUGGAACCAUUGCUGGCAUAGCUUUGUUUUUAACAAUCCUUGUCAUGUGGUUAGUGUAUCGAAAACGGAAGAAGGCUAAAGAGAUUGAGCAAGAAGAUUUGAAGGGUGCAGUACAUUACAAUUAUAAAGAUCUGCAGCUGGCUACCAAUAAUUUUGGGGAAGAGAAUAUUCUAGGGAAAGGAGGUUUUGGUGAAGUAUUCAAGGCAACCCUUGAUGAUAACAAUGUUGUGGCAGUAAAGAAACUUCAUGUACAACAUGCUAGAGUAAAAGAAGAAUUUGAGAAUGAAGUUAAGCUUAUAAGUGACGUUCAUCAUCGAAAUCUUCUACGUCUCCUUGGAUGGUCCAGUGAAGGAUCUGAUCUACUUCUAGUCCUGGAAUAUAUGCCAAAUGGAAGCCUUGAUCGAUUCUUAUGGGGUUCUGAAAGGGGAACUCUGGACUGGAACCAACGAUAUGAAAUAAUAUUUGGGAUAGCCAGGGAUUUUGGUCUGGCAAGGUUUCUACCUGAGGAUGAAACUCAUGUUAGCACCAAGUUCGCUGGGACAUUGGGUUACACAGCGCCAGAAUAUGCACUUCAAGGUGUUUUAUCGGAUAAAGUUGACACUUACAGCUUUGGAGUCGUGAUUCUUGAAAUCAUUAGUGGACGAAGGAGUACUGAAGUGAAAUCUGACAAAUCAUCCUCCGACUACCUACUGGAAGAUGCAUGGAAGUCAUAUGAGAAGAAAACACAUAUGAAAUUCAUUGAUGUCACAUUGGACUUGAACCAACACCAGCAAGAACAUGUGAUGAAGAUCAUUGAGAUUGCUUUGUUGUGCACCCAAUCACCAGCUUCGAAGAGACCAACCAUGUCGGAGGUCGUUUUGAUGCUUCAGGAUGGCCAAUCAUUGGGGAAAAGAGAGCUAACCAGACCUACUUAUGUGCACAAUCAUGAAAGGAGGAUUCAUAUUGGCUCUUUAAAGAAUUCCAUUGUUGUUGAUAAUGUUCGCAAAAACCAAAAGGAAAUAUUAGAGGCAAAUGAGAAGCUACGUAGUGAAAGAGGAAUGCCAAAGUAGAUGUAAUGGAGAAACGGAUGAAUGUUGCAAAGAUCAAUAAAUCAAGGAUUCAGGGUUGAUGAUGUGUGCUCAAGGAGAAAGCAGAAAGAGAACACGACUUUGUUUGAAGAUCUACCGGUCGACAUGAAUGAGGUAACCUUUGAAUUUGAUGCCUAGUAGACAAUGUUUGGAGUGGAAAAAUUACAUAUAUGAAGGGUGAUAUUGAAGAUGUUCGUGAAGAUUGGAUCUUUUUUGUCACAAACUUUAUUUUCUAGUUAUCUAUUUUGCAUUUUCUAAACAAAAUUUUGGUAAAUUUGAAUUGUUUAUUACUUUGUAUUUGACAUAACAUUGUGACGUGU